AUUUAAAAUCCCGCUGCCUGUCCUCAGAUGCAGAGGCAGGGCCGCUCGCGCACACGCGCGAAGGCUGCACCUGUGGGGAUUCGGGCACGUUCGCUGGCCUUGGCUGACCGGCUGUUCCACGGCUGCCUCCCCGGCCCCUUCCAAGCCGCGUCUGCAGCCCGCUUCGCUCCUGAGCUCCUAGCCCGCCUGGCUUUUUUUUACACCCGUCGUCAACAGCAGAAUUUGGGCAGCUCUUUGGGACUCGCCACCCGAGCACCAUGCUGGCCGUCGGCCUCUCCGUCUUGCUCCUGUCCUGCUGGCACGCCGAUUCACUGCCAUUGUCCACCCAGCUCUCGGAGGAAGAUGAAAAGGUCAUCAAAUGCAUCACGGAAGUUCUGGCUGACACCCUGUCCAAACCUAGCCCGGUUUCGGUCGCCAGCGACUGCCUGAAGAUCCUGAAAGAAGACGAGCGGGUCCUGGCCAUGCUGCACCAUCACUACCUGCUGAAGGAGCUGAAGGAGCUGGUCCACGAAGAGAAUGCCCACCACCACCCAAGCCACGGCGCCUGGCACGAGCCAGAGGAGGGCCCCGUGGGGGACGAGCUGAGGAAGCAGGACAAGUCCCUCCAGCAUAGCUCGGCCGCCUCUGAGACGGUGGAGGAGAAGGAGGGCGAGGCCCGGAAGGAGGAGUAUGAGAAGACGGAGAAGAUUGAGGAGAAGGUGAAGGAGGCGAAGGUCUCGCAAGGGAAGGACAGCACCCAGGUGGAGGAGGAGGCCAAAGAGAUCCUUGAGGGCGAGGAAGAGGAGGAGGAGAGGAAGAGGAGGCACGAGGAGGUGAGGCGGGCAUCGCCCAAGCUGCGGGAGACUCGGGGCCCCAGGGCCAGCAAGAAAACGGGGCCGCCAGCCAAGAGGCACUUCAGCCAAGAGGACAGUUCAGAGGAGGAGCCGCCGUACCACCAUGGAGGCCGGCACCGCGGGGGGCUAGAGGACUGGGAGCAGGAGGAAGAGGAGGAGGAGGAGGAAGAGGAGGAGGAGGAGGAAGAGGAAAAGCGAUCGGGCCCUGCCCAGCGGAAAGGCGGCCCAGCUAAGCGGAUGGCCGAGAAAGCCAGUGACGAGGAGACGGCCCAGUUUGAGGCAGAGGAGAAGGGCGUUAAAAUCUCCAACUCGAAGAGCCACCUCCGCGGGGACGGGCAGCUGUGGAAGGAGGGGGAGGAGCGGCACAGCCACCACCACGGGCCACCCGGCCACGCGCUGAAGAAGAGGCACCAUGAGGAUGAGGCGGGACACCUGAAGGGCAAGCACUGGGGCCACCAGGAGGAGGCGGAAGAGGAGGAGGAAGAAGAGGAAGAGGAGGAGGAGGAGGAAGAGGAAGAAGAGAGGGAGGCCAAGAAGGACAAGGAACGGGAGCUGGAGAAUCUGGAACAGAUAGAACAUGCGCUGAAGAAGGUGGCGGAGAAGCUGCGGGAGCUGCAGAGAGGGUGACCUCCCCAGCCCCCUUAGGGGAGCGGGAGCCGUGGGAGGGGGACAAAGGGGCGGCCGCCCCUUUAAGAGUCACCCCCCGCCCCGGCACCCCCACACAUGUGCUUUCUCUGUAUAUAUCCCUCCUCUCCUCUCCCACUCGGCUGUGGACUGUUAUCAAAGCCUCAGAGCUUGUGAUUUUCUAUCUGCUCCCCCUGCCCCCCCUCCCCCCCCCCCGUCAGGGACCCAGCACGACCUGAGGCCAAGGAAAAUAACCAACCCUCCAACCUACCCUCCCCACCCACUCCAUGCAGGAAACAUCCCUCCCCAGCAAUGGAGGGCGAGAGAUGUGCGGGGGGUGGGCACCCUAGAUCUCAGCAACUGUGCUGCUCUGGGGGUACCAAGUGGGUAGGAAUGUCCCCCUGAGAACUGCCCGCAGCUGGUGUGAUAUAAAGGGUGAAUAGCCACACUGCGCUGUGGCUAACCUCUGCCCCCCAGGACCCGGGGGGGGGCUAUGGGGCGUGGCCAGAGCGCACUGUGCUGUGGCUAUUCUCUGCCGUCCCUGUCCCCCCCCCGGGGCCCAAGAGGGAGGAGUUUAUUUCACUUGUGGCCUCUUGUUUAAUGCAGACCCCCUGUGGGGCACCAAAGAAGGGAUAGAAAGAGGGGACCCUCCGGUGCCAGGGGGGGAACCUGCCUGGCUCCCCACCCACUGGGCAAGCUGGACUCUGACUGUUAGCACGCAGCCUCGUGGGACCCGGCGGCUCUGCCUGGUCCUCAAAACCUCGGUUUCCCUGACCCCUCCGCCUCCGACACCCAACCAUCGCUUUGGGCUCAGGGGUCAGCUCUGCCUGCCUCCCAAGGGGUCAUUUUCACCAGCAGCCAGACGCACUCAGCCUGUCGGGCCCAGCGGGAGGCCUGGAGGUGGAGGGGAGAUGUGGGGAGGCAGCCGCAGUAGCACCAGGAAAGCCGAGGGGCAGGGGGCCUGCAUAGCGGGGGGGGCGGGGGUCAGCUGGAGAAGGUACAGCUGACGUGUACCCGGCUGGCCUGGCUGAUGAGGUCAAGGCCCAGGACUGUGCGUCUGUCCCACCUGGGCUUUCCCGCUCCCGUCGCCCCGGUGGGGACGUGAGGGUGCCGGAUCCCGCCUUGGCGAAGGGGGCCGCUGAGUUUCCACUGCAGACCAGGGGAGCGAGGUGUGAUUAAGGGGGAAGGGAUAGCUCAGUGGUUUGAGCACUGGCCUGCUAAACCCAGGGUUGUGAGUUCAAUUCUUGAGGGGGCCAUUUAGGGAUCUGGGGCAAAAACUGGGGAUUGGUCCUGCUUUGAGCAGGGGCUUGGACUAGAUGACCUCCUGAGGUCCCUUCCAACCCUGAGAUUCUGUGAUUCCUGCUGGGCUAUAGACAGGGACCCUGGCCCGGGAUGUGACGGGGGGGAGGCCUGCAGCCCCAGAGGUCGGUCACACACAGCUCAUCACUCAUAGAAAGGCGAGGUAAUUAGGAGAGGUCUCUUCGCACGCAAGAAGGCUGGUCUGGUCUGACCUGAACGUCCCCGCAGCCGUCCCGCCCUCAGAGCCUGGAGACUUCUAGGGGCGUCAGAGAGGAGAGAGGACGAGUUUGACCCCAGAAGUGUCUGUAAGGGUCUGCUCUGUCCCACGCGGCAGGAACCCACCUCCUGUCGCCCCGUAAGUACAGGCCUGGGAGCUUGGCAGGCUGCAGCACUAGCCUGAUCCUCGCUGGGGGGCGACAAAACACAGACACGUCCUGUAUGUUAGGCAGGGGAUGCAGAGAGAAGCCUAUUGUAUUAGCUGCAGGGGUCUUUCUCACUCAUUCAUACACACACACCCCAUCCAUGGGUAACACAAAGCAGUGGUUACAUUCCCUAGCUACAUUCCUAAAGCGAGAUCCCUCGGACCUGGCGCCUCUGGCGGCCCCGAUCCUCCCAAUCCUGGUCUCUCGGGCUUUUCACUUUGGGUUUUUCUCUGAUUUCUCCCCCCACCUCCCAUUCAAGCUGGAGGACUCUCUUCCCCCGGCACCCUCCCCUUAGGCCGUGAGCGCAUCUCUUGCAGGUGCUGAUGCUGUGUAGCUGCUUGGUGGCCUGGUCUAUCAGGUGUUGGGGUUUGGGGGGGGUUGUUUUUGGUUUUUUUAAAUCCCUGUCAUGUGUAGCCAGCUCUGUGGACCAAUAAAGCACAGUGAAAACCAGA